AUGGGAGAUUUAGAACGUGAAGAAGUAUAUCGGAUUAUUGCUCGAGAAGCUGGAUGUCCUAUUUCGGCGAGUGGUUUGGUUGAGCUUAUGGCUUUGCCUCGUGAGAGAUUGGUUGAGACGGCCCGAGUUUUGAAACGGUACCGACGGUUGAUACAUGCGGAGGAUAUUAAAAGAGCUGUUCGUGAAUUACAAGCGGGUCCAAAAGAACGGGUGCUAGUAAUACCACCGGAAGUACGUUUAGGGAGUGCUUUGCGUUUGGGUUGGUUACGAGGUAGUAUAAUUGGAUCAGUUCCGGUGGCAGCUGCUAAAGAGAAGAAGAGUUGUACAGUCUUUGGGAUGAUUAGAAGUGGGAUUGAGAGUUUGGAAAUUGAAGAUGAAAGUGGGAGUUUAGUCUUAGGCGAAGUAAAAGGACCUUGUUUCUUGGCGGCGGGUGUUUGUUUGGGAUUGAAAGGUCAGUUGGUGGGUGGUAAGUUUCAAGUUGAGAAGGUUGUCUGGCCAAGUUUAGGGAAAGCUCCGGAAGUGGCUGGAGCUGCUUUAGUCUUUGCUGGUGUUCAACCAACUAGUAGUGAAGCAGUUCAGAUUAAGUCUGUUUUACAAGGAUUUAGUCAAGCUGAGAUAGUUAUUGAAGUAGUGAUAAUUAUGACUUUAAGUGAGCCUGGGAAUGCCUUAGCUCGAGUACAAAGUCAUAUUGGUAAAGAGUAUCCUAGUGUUGAGUUUAUUGUUGUGCCUAGUAAAUCGGUGGUUUAUCCUGAUCUUAAUACGGGUAGACGUGGUAAUGUUACGGAGACAAGUAAUCCAGUGGCGAUUAAAAUAGGUGAAGGGACUUUAUUAGUAGGUGCCUUUGAACUAAUUGAUGGAUUACGUGGUCAGUGUACAGUUCAAGGCGAGUACCGAGCUGAACUAGCCCGGGUUAUGCUUAGUAAUCGUUCUUACAAUCCUUUUGUGACUUAUGCCGAUUUAAGUUAUGCUGAUCCUUAUGCCGGAAUGGUUAUUGGUGAUCGGCAUGGCAGUUUUGUGCAUAAUGAAGAGGGUAAAUCCUUUGGGAUGUGUGGACCUUUCACGCAAGAUAAUGGCCAGUUCCUCUUUUACAAUCCCGAGAAACAAGAGUUUGAAAUCUGCGCCCUCAAUCAAGAUUCAACCGAACCAUCCCAAGAACAAUAA